AUGACGACGGUGCACGUCAAGUUCCCGAGCGAGGCGACGCACGCGACGGUCACCGUGCCGUCGCCCGCGACGCCCGCGGGCGUCUGUGCCGCGGUCCUCGCCGCGCGCCCCGAUCUCGGCAAGAUGCUCGACGCCAAGGGGCAGUACGCCGGGUUCGAGCUGUCGCUCGUGGACCCGAAGACCGGGCGCCCGAUGAACCCCGACGACGCCGACGCCGUCCCGCACGACGCGAAGAUGGAGCUGGUGCUGAGCAAGGGGUACGCGGUGCGCGCGUUCGCGCCCGUGCGCAAGUACGUCGUCGGGCGGUUCAGCGGCGAGCGGCCCCCAAAGUUCAAGUCUGGCAGGGCGACCGCGGUGGAGUGGCAGCUCUGCCGUCAGAGGAGCGACGUGACAGGGCGCGAGCCGAACCUCCAGCUCGUCAGCGAGAGCAAGAAAGGCGGUCGGGUGCAGUUCAACGGCGCGCGCGAGAGCGCCGGCCUCGGCAACUUCUUCCUCCUCAUGAUGCAGGCGAGCACCACGGACGUGUGCGCAAUCCCGAUGGAGCAGUGGUACAACUUUCGGCCGGUGGCGAACCGACGGGUGAUGUCCUUGGAGGAAGCCGAGGAGCGUCUGGAGGCUAGGGGCAGGCACACCACGUCCACGUCGCAGUGGCUCGAGAAGGUGACGAAGGGCGCGAUGGACGACGACGACGACGGGCUGUCCGACUCGGACGACGUCGACCGGUUCAAGACGCAAGCGGGUGACUCGAGCGACGACGACGACGAAAACGACGGGAAAAAGAAGAAGAAGAAGAAGAAGGGCACGGUGAUCAAGCAGGAACCCGAGGAGGAGGACGUGAAGGCGGGUAACGACGUGGGCGACGCCCCCGGAGCGCGCGGCAUCGUCAAGGCUGAGGGCGACGACUGGGAGCACGACGCGGGCGCGUCGGAUGAUGAAGUAGCCGGCGAGGGCAUGGGAGACGAGAUCGAGAUGGUGGACGCGGAUGACGCAAAGCCGCCGCCCAAAACCGGGGUUGGUCCGAACGACGACGACGAAGACGAAGACGAAGAUCUCGACGCGGAGGGUGCGAAACUCAAGCGGCUGCUCGGCAGGGAGGAGGAGGCGGCGACGGCGGCGGAGCUGGGCGGCUUCUCCGACAACGACGACUCCGACUCGGAAUUCGUCGACCCCGACCAAGAAGAGCUUCACCCGUUUUUGCUGCAGCAGAGGAACAAGGCUGAGCAGGCGCAGAUACAGAAGGCGCAGGCGGCGGCGCAGGCGGCGCAGCGCGCGGCACAGGCGGCGGCCCAGGCGGCGGCGGCAGCGGUGGUGGUCAAGCCCGAGCCCGUGGCGGCUGGCGUGAAGCGCGCGAGGGACGACGACGACGCAAACGCGACUCAAUCCGCGCCCGCCGCCAAGGCGAUCAAGACUGAGGCUGGCGCGGGGGCGGCGAUGCGCCCGAUCGAGGCUGCGCUGCGCGCCAUCCUCCGCGGCGCGAGUAAGGUCACCACGAAGGACGUGACGAAGCAGCUGCGCAAGAAGGGCCUGCUCGGCACGGACGAGGACAAGGAGGAGCUCAAGUCGACAAUCGGGCGGGUGGCCAAGAUCAACAAAGAGGGCGCCGCGAGCUACGUCGUGCUCAAGUGA